CCGUUUAUUUCGAAGUGCAUCUGUGUGUAGUGAAGUGCGAGAAAUAAUUAUUGCAAAUAUAAAAUAAUAGAAAAAACAGUGCAGUGAUCAGUGCCAAACCAUAUGGGAUUAUAGCAGAGCAACAGUGGAACAUUAAAGCGGAUAUAUCGUACGAGUAUUAAAGCAGAGAGGUUAGGAUAAUCGACUCAACGCAAUAUGUACUAAGAAGACAAAUUAUGGUGGCAGAAUUUGUCGCCCGCCAGAGUGGAUCGCCCAUUAAUGGUGAGACGGCGUGCCUGAAUAGCAAUAUACCGGCCACGCACACAAUGGCGCAUGGUGGCGGCCACGGCGCGCCCCAUAGCGGGCCCCACGAUGCCCACGGACCCCUUACGGUGCCCCUCGCGCACCCCGGUCAUCACGGUGGACCGCCGGUCGCGAUCCAGCAGCAUCAACAUCAACCGCAACAGCAACCACCGCCGCCACCGCCACCGCAGCAGCAGCAGCAGCAGCAACAGCAGCAACCGCCGCAUCACCAUCAUCAUCAUCAGCCUCAGCAGUCGCCGCCGCAGCAUCAUCAUCACGAUUCAUCGCAAGUGACGACGCAUCCCGACAAUUACUCGUCCAACUUUGACAUUCGUAAGGAGCUAUUCUCGCAACGCAAGCAGCGCGAGUUUAUCCCCGACAACAAAAAGGACGACAGUUACUGGGAUCGCCGCAGGCGCAACAACGAGGCGGCCAAGCGAUCGCGCGAGAAGCGUCGCUUCAACGACAUGGUGCUGGAGCAGCGGGUAAUGGAACUGAGCAAGGAGAACCAUAUUCUCAAGGCGCAGCUCGACGCGAUACGGGACAAGUUUGGCAUCUGCGGCGAAACCGUCAUCAGUACCGAGCACGUGCUGGCCGCCCUGCCAACAGAACCGCCGAUCAGCGUGAAACGGGCGAAACUUCCGACAUCGGCGACGCUCCUGUACGCUCGCACGCCCAGCCCGGUGCACACCUCGGUGAUCCAUCAGCCGGUAAGCGGCGCCCGAUCGCCCAGAUCGCCCGCUUCGCAGCUUUACGUCCCCGAGACGACCGCGUACCCCGAGACGGAGAGCUUUCAGUACCCGUACUCGCAUCCGGCGAUGCAUCACUUGGAUACCACGAGCGCGCUCAAUCUAUCAUCGCGCGGUCGUCGGGCACAAUCGCCGUACGAGCUCUCGUCGGGCAGCGGUGAUGAGGCCAGCGGUCCCCAGAUGGUCAUCGGCUCCCAGAACAAUCCGGCCGCCAACAACAGUCUGCCGCACAAGCUCAGGCACAAAUCGCGCAUCGGCGACAAGGAUGCUGCGAGCGCACUCUUGGCGCUUCAAGGUAUCAAGCAGGAACCUGGACCGCGGGCAUCGCCGCCCUGGGAUAACGAAGGCUCGAGCGACGAGCGCGACUCCGGCAUCUCAUUGGGCGCUGAAUGGACCGGUCCCCCCGUCACCGCAGUCUCGGAGAGCGACCGGGAGGUGAAGAUGAAGCUGGAUCGUCUGGCGUCCGAGGUCGCAUCCCUGCAGUCGAUAUUUCGUCUUGGGAAACCGGUCGCGGCAGCAGUAGCAGCGGCGGCGGCCGCGGCGGACGGCUUGGUGACCGGACACUCUGCCGCCGCCAGCGGGCCGUGAAGGAGCCUCGCCCCCUUGUUUCGCCAAGGUCUGCUCUUCCCCUUCGGGGCCAGGAUUCUUGAGAAUUUUACGUAAAGAUGCGACGUCGCGUCGCAUGGAGUAUGAUGUAGCGCCAAGCUGAGGAAUAUCAUCGAUUGUUUCGAAGAGACGAGAUUCGUUUGUCAAGAAUUCUCUCGCUUGCGGAUGCAACCAAAACAGAUGGAUAGCGAUCGAUUCGUGACAAUAUUUACAAGACGUGUUAAAAUUCUUUUCAUCUUUUACAACUCGGAUUUCUCAUCUCUACUUUGAUAUGUAUUGUAUAAUUUUAUGCGUUCUACGUAUUAAUACAAUAUAUUAGUAGAACCAAUUGAUAAAUGAAUUCUCUUAUCGAACGUGAUCACUUACAUGGCGCAAGCAUAUGUCGAUUGUUGCAAAAUGAAAGCACAGAGUUUUUUCGAGAUGAAAUAACGAAGCGUUGUUUCGCCAAGUAACUUGUAAUUGUCGAUUACUAUCGAUCUACUUGAGUCAUCCCAAACUGAUAUAAUCGAAAGUCUCGCCUGCGAAACUUUAAUCCCUCAACCCGUAGAUCGUAUUUUUCUCGUCGAUGAAAAAAGAAAUCUAAGUUAUUGCGAAGGAUUAAUUAAUCGUGCCGUUUAUAAAAUUUGCGAGCGAUCUACCGGUCGAAGGACUUACAGGCAUUCUCCGCUCUUGAUCCUAAAACAAAGCGGAAUUGAGAGUUGAUACGAUACCUAUAGUGUUUUAAGAUUGUUACGUUAUAAAACUCCCGUAGAUAGGUUUAAUAUCGUUCUUAUAUAUUAUCAUUAACUAGUGUUUUAUCGAUUCGAGGAGCAGUCAGUUGUAUCGAACUGAGCAUAAUCGGUGAAUUGUAUGGUGAAUACCAUCGAACCAUCCAAACGAAGCACUAUUACACAUGAGUCACUCACCGAUUCGCGCAACCGGCUAUCUCACUACCAUCGGAUAUUCAUAAUACGAUUUAUUCCAACGUACGAAAUGGGAUUCUUUCCUUCUCUUCUUUUUCGUUAGACAUCCGCAUCGUCGUAUCGUCAUCACAUCUUAUCUCAUAUGUAAAAGCGAUGAACAACGACGACUUUGCAUAGUGGAGCUUUGAGACGAGAUUUUUCAGUGUAUUGAAAUUAUUUAUUUAUCGCUAAAAUACUCGAACUUUUGUUCGUUGUUAAUCGUCAACAUUAAUUCUGUCUAAUAUAUAUAUAUAU